CAGGGCCAAAUCUCUCCCCUCUGGCUUCACAGCAGUUGCAGAGCCAAGCGUCAGAGGCAGCAGCCACCUCAAAAGAAAAAAAGAAAAAGCAAAGGAAGAAAGGGAGGAGGAAAUCCGCAGCCAAGAGAAGGAUGAAGUCAGCAGCACAAAAUGGCAUUCUUUCCCUCGUUUGCAUCGCACUUUGUUGGUUCUUGAAAUGCUCAGCUGCACCCAUGCCAGAGUCCUCUGGAGACCCAGAACUCAUCCAGUUUAAAUGGAAAAACAAAGAAUUUGUCGCCAGGAUGAAGAGCGAGAUCAGUGAUCUAAAAGAAUCGAUGCGUACAGAUUUCAGCCUUGGUACCGAUGAUCAGUUCCUCUUCAUGCAGGAUUUCCUGGGCAUUGAGCAAGCGGAUCAUUCCCAUUGCCAGAAAGCAACCUGUGAUCUGGGAAAUUGUUUCAAGCAAUUGCGGGCAGGCCUGCACACCUACUAUGGCUACUUCUCACACAUUAAACAGAUCCUGCCAAACUACACUAACAGAGUGUCAAGUCUCCAGCUGGACACCUCAAACCUCUCCACCAACAUCCAACUGCAGUUCGAAGAAAGUAGCCUGCCUGUUGUCACCUACCCACAAGCAGAAAACCAGCCCAACUUUUUACAGGAGCAAAGGGAAAUUGGAAGCUAUCUUGUCCUCCGCAAAUUCAUGCUGUUCAUGGAUGUCAUUACACGAGCACUAAACCAUUGCAUUGUGUAAUUUGAAGGGAGACAUGAAGGAUUUUCCCAGGCGGAUGUUCCUGAUUGAUUUCUCUUUUACCAGAGAUGCAGACUAAAGAGAGAUGGAUGCCCUUUUCCUGACAGAAAUGCUUAGACUGACAGGGCCACUGAAUUUGAUUAUUUAUUUGUUUUUAAACACAUUGACGUAUAUUUUAUUUAAAGUGGCAUAGAAUAAACAGGGUUUUAAAACUGGCAGCAACCAAGAGCCAUUUUUACUGGCUUAUUGGUAUUUUCCUCUGCCAUUUUCAUUGCCAAAUAUCUAAUCGGUUAGCCUUUUUGGCUAUCUCCUCCUAAGUUAUUUUGAGGGUUUUUUUAAUUUAUUAGGUUUAUUUAUUUUUAUUUAUUGUAUGUUUUAUGUGCUAGAAAAAUGUCAAAUCUUCCGUUUGGACUUUAGAGCUUUAAUGUCAUUGGUACGACAGUAUUUAUCACUUAUUUAAUAUUUAUAACAGUGCUCGCAAUACAAUCCUUAGGUUUUUUUAAAAGUGAUUAUCCAAAUACACUUUUGUCUUGGCAAGCCAUAGACAUGCAGGGUGUGAUUUCCUGCAAUCUUGCUGUGGUGUGUAUGUUGAGAUGGACAACAUUAAACUACUGUUUAAUAUUUAAACACAAAAGUACUGGCUGUGUUAGUCGGUAGAUUAAAUUGUAAGGUGAUGGACAAGGGAGUCCCACGUUCUCACCUCUGCGAAUCUCUUGAGCGCACUAUGUAAUACAUCUUCUCUUUCAUUACAGAUAGGAUAUACUUAACAUGGGGCUUGAUCGUGAUUUACUUGCACUUAGAACAGACUCAUCACAAAAGUUACUUUUUAAAAAACAAUUUCCACCGAAUCUUGCAUCAGUCAGAAUGUAAAGUAGGUAUAAUAGCUAGGAAUUUUGGCAUGGGUAUUUUGGCACUGACCUUGCAUCAAUUUCCCCCUAUCAGCUCUACUUUUUGAGAUACAGAACAUACGUUAUAUAACAAUCUUCAUCUGUUUGCACACAAAAAAUCAUGAUGACUUGACCAUAUCUAAGAAAUUAGAGCUGAUGCUGUCUAUCCAAUGCAGUUUUCUGAAUCAGUGCCCCAAAGAAUCCCAGGAAUAAUCCUAAAAACCAAGCCAAUGAAAGUCCCCGUGGGUCUAUUAUUAAUGUGAUGAGAUCUUGAUCUAGCCCCUGGAUUGCAAGUAUGCAUAUGCUGCAUGUUUAGACAGGGUUAGUACAGAGUCCUUUUGAAAUUACUUGCUGGUACAGUAUUUGCCAUGGGUUUUUUGUAAAGAUAUUCUUCCAUCUGCAUAUAGCAACACUUUAUUGUUGGGGACAAAUAUUUGAACCAGAGAUUCUUGAUGUUGUUGGGCAUCAACUCCUAUCACUUACUGGCAGUGCUGCCUUAAGUUUACGGGCAUUGCAGUCCACCAACAUCUGGAGAUGGUGUGUUUCCAUGUCCGAAACAUUUGCUGUCUUCGCUAUAAUCAAUUCCUAUCUUCAUCUAUCCAAGGGCAGAGAACCACAGGCUUCUAAAUAUUUUGGCCUACAUCUCCCACCAUUGUGGAUUGUAGAAGUAGUCCAAAACAUCUUGGCGAGGCAAGGUUCCUAUCCCCUUAUCUAGCAACUCAAGGCUAUUUCAGGGUUUUAGGUUGAAGUGGUGGUAGACUGACAGGCUUCACUGUUUUGUAUGGCAUUUUCACAUAGAUGUGUCCAACUGGUAUUGAGAUAUGUAGUCAAGCCUUAAAAAACAUAGAAGUACAAGUAACUAAUUUUCUAUUGCCAGAAAAAAAAUACAGUACAUCAAUUUUUAUUAAGUCCAGUUUAUGUUAUAUUAUGUUGAAUUGUCAUAUUUAAUUUUUUUCAUUUGUGAUUGUAACUUAUUAAAAUCAAGAAUUGUGUCAGAUUGUUUACUGGUUUGCAUGGAAUUCCACUCUGUUCCCAAAUUACAUUGUCUAUAGAUGCUAAUCCUUCAAAGAUAACAAUGGCUAACACACAUGUUGGUGCCUUAAAUGUUAGACCGGUUUCCGAGUAUAUUUGACCUGCUGGUUCCAAACUUAUUAAAAUAAAGAAUUGUGUCAAAUUAUUUACUGGCUGACAUGGAAAUCUACUCUGUUCCCAAAUUGCUUUGCCUAUAGAUGCUAGUCCUUCAAAGAUAACAAGGGCCGACACACAUUUUGGUGCCUUAAAUGUUAGACCUGGUUCUGAGUAUAUUUGACCUGCUGAUUCCAAAAAUGACACCAGUUUUCCCCUAUCAGCUCUAUUUUUUGAGAUAUAGUACUAAGGCCAUACACGAGUCUUCAUCUGCUCAUCCAUAGAAAUUGUAAUAAUCAUAUCUAAGAAACUAGAGCUGAUGCGGUUUAUCCAAUGCAAUUUUCUGAAUCAGCACUCCAAUAACUUGAAGAACAAGCCUAAAACCUAUUGCUGGGCUAUGUAAUGCUUCUUCCAUUCAAAGCUUGCAUAGCUUUAUCGGCAAUAUCGGAAGCAGAAGGCUGCUCAAAUAAUCUGUCUAGAAAAUAAUCAAGCAAAAUUAUUGAGAAAUAGCUGGCAUCAUUCUCUGAACAUAUUCAAGUGAAAUAUUUUGCAACUUUCCAUUGAAAUGCUGUUUUUUCAUGUUUGUAUUGAACUACGUGAAUAUUUUAUCAAAUUUCAGUGCUUCUGUUAUAUCAGUAAACUUCCUCAAUUACAAAUGACCUGCUUGGAUGAAAGAAGUAAAAGUAUAAUGAUAGAAAUAACAACUAAAGCUUUAAAAAUGUUCUAUGUAACCACUUAAUGAAUAUGACAAUGCAACAUGUUAAAAGGGAACUAAUGAUUGGAUUGUUCAAUGGAUACUGUUUGUGUUUACAGUCUCUAAUUCUGUUGUGUGACCAAUCCGUUUUUGAAUCAUGGCUAAUGUUAAUGUUAAUGUUUUUGAAUCAUGGCUAAUGUUUCUCUAGUUCCGAAAAUGUAUUUGAUUUAUGACAUGGAAUGUAUGUAUGAAUUCAUAACGAGGUGAACAAAAAUAAAAUGCAUCCUUUUUAUGCCAUCAAACAUGUGAAUUACUUGUUAAUGGGUCAGGACCAAGUUCAACAUGAAUGAGAAAAAAUCAGAAGUGGGAGUAACCAUUAUGAAAAGUGGAAUGUUAACUUGAUAGUUACGAGU